AUGACCGCCACAAUUCAACUUUCCCUAGCAGCACCCACCUAUCUUCCCAAGCUACGCAUCACAGAUUCAACCUCGCGAUUUAUUGCAACCUUUUCAAUCUCUCAGCACAGGGCCAAACCUUGCACAGUGGUCUUCGCCACUCUCCCACGGGAGCGCCAACAUUCUUCAAUGGCGUCAGAAUCACUUAACUCGUCUCAAGAGGACAUCCACCGCCACCAGCGACGCGCAGAUGGAACCCAUGUCCCAGCAACUACAGGAACUCCAUAUGCCGCUCAAGCUGCUGCUGGUGCGGCAGCAGCGCGCGCCUUUUUCCCGUUGGGAUACCGAGAAGGCUUCAGUCAAUGGUGGGCGCGCCUACCUGCAGCAGCGGCCGAACACAAAGUCCUUUCCUAUCUGCCGUACUUGCAUCACGAGCCACCCACUCACCUCCAGACCGGAAAUACGGCAGAAUUCCCCGACGGAGCUACCCCAAGCAGUUUGGAAACUGCAGACUAUAACCAGAAGGGUGAAGUCACCACCAGCUCCCUCGACGAUCCAUACGGCCCUCGUCGAUGGCGCUCUAGCAUGGUAGAGCUGAGCGGCAAAGACCGCGCGCUCAACGAGUUCUCGGUUGAGAGGGUCGGCGAGGAAGCAGACCAACAUUUGGUCAUGCUCCACGGUUACGGCGCCGGACUUGGAUUUUUCUAUAAAAACUUCGAACCUCUGAGCCGACUGAAAGGCUGGCAACUGCAUGCUUUGGAUAUGUUGGGCAUGGGUCGGAGUACUCGACCCGCAUUCAAAAUCAAGGCGAAGGAAAGAGAGGAUGCCAUCAGAGAGGCCGAAGCUUGGUUCGUUGAUGCUUUGGAAGAAUGGCGCAUCAAACGCAAGAUCGAUCGCUUCACCUUGCUUGGACACAGUCUGGGCGGAUAUAUGGCUGUCGCCUAUGCGCUCAAAUACCCCGGUCACCUGAAUAAGCUUAUCCUGGCGUCCCCAGUGGGUAUCCCGGAAGACCCAUAUGCCGUCACUGCGGGUGUGGCCGAGCCUUCAGAGUCAACCCUGCCCAGCGAGCUCGCCCAGGACCAGCGUGACAUCACUUCGCCCACUGCCAUUCCUGAGACAAUACCAAAAACAACUGACGGUAGCUUUAUCACUGGCCGCCAACCACCCCAGGCUAACUCCACUGUACCCCCACGACGAAAUCUCCCCAAGUGGUUCGCGUACCUGUGGGAGGCCAAUAUCUCUCCAUUCAGUUUGGUGCGCUGGACUGGUCCUUUAGGGCCUCGCAUUGUCUCCGGGUGGACUUCUCGUCGCUUCUCCCACCUACCAGCCGAGGAAGCCAAGGCACUCCACGACUAUUCAUACUCAAUCUUCAGUCUUCGCGGUAGCGGCGAGUACGCAUUGGCAUAUAUUCUUGCCCCCGGCGCAUUCGCUCGCAGUCCUCUUAUCCACCGUGUCCAUGGCCUCGGAAGGCAAUUGAUUCAGAGCAAUUCAAACGCUAUCCCUGACCCAAUCUCCACUGCCGACGCUUCAUCUGCCCCCUCUGAGGAUACGCCUGCCUCCACGGCCACCCCUUCAUCUGAAUCAUCAGCACCUGCUCAGCGCGAAAAGGGUCUCCCCGUGGUCUUCAUGUACGGCGACCACGACUGGAUGGAUGUAUCUGGUGGCCGCGCUGCUGCUGCUCGAUUGGAAGAAGAAAAGCGCAAAGUCCUCGAAAACGCUACCGUGGAAGAGAAACGCGCCGACGAAGGUUCUUCCAAAGUUUAUGUCGUCAACAGGGCUGGUCACCAUUUGUAUCUCGACGGCUGGGAGGAGUUCAACAGCGUUGUGCUCGCCGAGAUGGAAGAAGUCAGCCAGAGGGAGAGAAGUCGUCAGUCAUGA